CCUUGUUACCUAACUUUUACACAAACACUCAGUUCCCGUAGCAUCACCUUCAAACAGCUCUGGCUUUCUGUCCGAUCACAUCUUGGUUUAGAGGAGCCGAGGCAAAGCGCUUACUACUGAGGGGUUCUGCAGCAGCUCCGCAAGGCUCCGAAUUGCCAGGAUGCUUCUGCUCCUUUCUCUGGUCACCGGGCUUGCCCUGUCUGCCUCUGGUGUCAUGACAGACAAAGAAACUGACCCAAGCCAGGAGUCGUUUCAUGACAUACAGAAAAAAGUGAAUGACCUCUGGCAGAAUUUGCUUUACCCGGUAAUGCCUGGUAACGAGACGGAUGGGAUGAUUUAUGCCACUUGUGAAAUGAAGCCCAGCUCCAAAAUAGAUGCUGACAAGCCACAAGUGUCUGGACAAGUCUUAUUCAGACAGUAUUACUCAUAUGGAAGAUUAGAAGCCAUUUUUUACUUGGAUGGGUUCCCGCUGGAUAACAAUCAGUCUGGCAGAGCUAUACACAUCCAUGAGCUUGGGGAUCUCAGCAAGGGCUGUGACUCUACGGGAGGACACUACAACCCUUUCAGAGUGAAUCACCCCCGUCACCCAGGGGAUUUCGGCAACUUUUUUCCUAAAGAAGGCAAAAUCAGAAAAUACAAAACAAAUCUCUUCGCCACUAUGUUUGGUCCAUAUUCCAUCACGGGCAGAUCCGUUGUGAUCCACGAGCAGGAAGAUGACAUGGGCAAGGGCAACAAUAAGGCCAGUUUGGAAAAUGGAAAUGCUGGGAAACGUCUGGCUUGCUGCGUGAUUGGGAUAUGCAACAAGAACUUGUGGGAAGAGAAAUUGUCUGAGGUUACCGACAAGAAGAAGAGAGGGCUCAACAAACGAACAUAGAACCAGGCUUAAGUGAAGACCAGGAACCGGCUGCAGCCUGGGCAGCACGAAGUACCUUAGGCUGUGCCAGUGGCCACUAAGAUAUAUGGCUAAAGGAUUUCCAUUCCCAUUUGCUUGCUCCUGUAAGACCUGUGUAUCACUUAGUAGAGCCUCCUUUCUGUAAGCCCAUCAAUAAAAACAGCAUCAACUCAA